AUGAGCAAACUUUGUAUUUUUCUUUUUUUCGCUAUUGCUUUCAUUGCUUCAACGACAGCUGAUGGGGAAUCGUGCGCUGAUGGUAAACAGUGCCCAGCCGGAGAGCAUUGUGUGGUUAAAAUCAACUGGGGCGGGGAUAUCAGCUUCUGUACCUCGAAUUCGGCUGCUCUGCCACCAAAUGGUGAUUCUCAAGUUCUCCGCGCCAAUCGACUAGCAAGCAAUCAU